UUGCUAAUUAAUUUCUAUUCAAAUAAUAUAGUUUAGCAUGUAUGUAAUAAUAAAACUUGAGUGUAAACUUUCAAAUUUAACCCCCUAUGCAGGUGUUACUUUGCGACUUCGCAAUUUAGUCGUAUUAUACGUCAUUUUAUUGCAUUUGGCAAGAGUUCGUCUGAAAUUCGCAUUUAUCCUCAAGAAAAUCAAAUUUCUCUAUUUAAAUAUAUACAUAACAAAAUAAGUUUCACAGAACAUUGCAAUUAAUGCUUAGUCGAGAAGUUGAAACUUUUGAGGUUAUUUUACACGGUGUUUUGAUGCUACCGGAAAUUGAUCGCUGCAAAACUGGUACAGUCACUCUGGAUCCAAAACAAUUGUGGAUUGAUGCUGAGCACUAGACGGUUUACUGAAGAAAAAAAUAUUACAAGAAUAGUAGUUUAAACAUCGUGAACAUGUCCGGACGCGCGUGACCAGGUCGCAGUACUCGUGUGGUAGUCAACGCGUCGCCAUCACCGCACCACCAGUAUGUUCCAGAAACCGGCCUUCGGGAGCAACACCUCCGGCUUUGGGUCGUUCAAUGCGGGCGCGAGCACGUCGUCGUUCGGCGGGUUCAAGCCGGCGGCCGGUAGCGGCGCAUUCGGCGCGCCGCCGGCCUUCGGCGCCGCCGCCACCGCGCAGCCCGCCGCCACCGGAGGAUUAUUCGGCGCUUCGAACACAUCGACGAGCCUGUUCGGCAGCUCGAACACGGCGACCACGGCGCCAGCGUUCGGCGCGUCCACCAGCGGAUUCGGCUUCGGCAGCAACACGACCGCGGGCGGACUGUUCGGUAGCAGCAAUACGUCCACUGGGCUGUUUGGUGCUGCUCAGAACACGUCCGCGUUCGGCGCCAAGCCGGCUGGCGGUUUCGGCUUCGGGAGUACGCCGACGACGGGCACCACCGGCGGCGGCCUGUUCGGCUCCACCGCCAGCACCACCACGGGGCUGUUCGGGCAGCAGAACACCACCCUCGGCGGCGGUGGACUCUUCAGCAACAAUACGGGUGCGUUCGGGCAGCAGGCGGCGGCCGCGGGCACCGCCCACGUGAAGUACAACCCGGUGGUGGGCACCGACGUCGUGGUCAAGUCCGGCACCUCGCAGAGCAUCCUCAUCAAACACCACUGCAUCACCUGCAUGAAGGAAUAUGAGAACAAAUCAUUGGAGGAGCUUCGCCUAGAGGACUACACGGCCGGGCGGAAGGGUGCCUCCGGCGGGGUGUUCGGCGGCUUCCAAAAUACCAUGGAGAACAAAUCUCUGUUCGGCGCUAACACGUCGUUCGGCCAGCCGGCGACCACGAGCGCGCCGAGCGUGUUCGGCGGCGGCGGCAUCGUGUCCAACGGCGGCUUCGGGCAGACCAAUACGUUCUCGUUCGGUAAUACAGCAGCGAGCAACACGACAUCCACCGGACUGUUCGGCGCGGCCAAGCCCGCAUUCGGGACCACCGCCACCACCGGUACGGGAUUGUUCGGUGCGACCACCACCCAGGCGCCCUCUUUCGGCACUAAUACGUCGACAUUCGGCUUCGGCUCCAACACACAGAAUCAGUCGACGGGUAUGUUCGGCGCGAAGCCAGCGACCUCUGGCUUCGGCGCGGCGGCAACCAACACCGGCUUCGGAGGCUUCGGCAGCACGGGCCUGUUCGGUGCCAAGCCGCAACAGUCCACCGCGCCCGCCUUCGGCUCCACCACACCGGCGUUCGGUGGUCUGUCGACCGGCUUCGGCACGACGACGUCGACGUCCGGCGGUCUGUUCUCGGGCGUGUCGUUCGGCAAGCCGGCCACCACGCAGCCCGCCUUCGGAUUCAACGCGCAGCCGAACGCUCUCGGUGGCGGUGUGGGCGGCGCGGGGGUGGGGACCGCGGGGACCACGCUGGGCGCGGGGCUGGGCGCGGCCGCCGCACCCUUCGGCGCCAAGCCUGCACCCGCCUUCGGCUCCCUCGCCUCGGGCUUCCCGCAGCCGCAGGGCACCGCCUUCCGCACUGGUCUGGACAGCGGUCUCGGUGGUGGAGGCUUGUUCAGUAACACGUCGCUAGGUGGCAGCAGUUUGGGUCUGGGUCUAAACACAAACAACAGUGGGCUCGGCAACGCGACAGGGCAGAACGUGCACGAACAGAUGUUAACGCUGGCCGCACGGCCGUACGGUGACUCGCCCUUAUUCAAAGAUCUUCUGCCAGAUACAUCGGCGGCGGGCGAGCAGGCGCUGCGGCCGACCAACCCGGCGGCGCUGCAGGCGGUGCUGGGCGGCGCGGCCGCGGCCGAGUACCGCGUGUCGGCCGCGCCCGCGCCGCCGCUGCGGCUGUGCCCGCGCCCGCAAGCCCACGACAAGAAAUCGCUGUUCGACGGCCUAGAAGAAUCCGACGCGAGUCUAGAAGAUAAAUUGUCACUUAAACCAAGCAGGAAACGGCUUGUUCUCCGCCAAAAUAAAGCAGACAGCGUCCAAAACGACUCAGCCGAUCAACACACAAAUAACAGGUCGCUAGAAGAGCCGCCAGCGCAGCCCGAGAGCAACGGCCCGUCAUCGGAGCCCGAGCGGGACCGCGUCAACGGCGAGCGAGACCGCGUGUGGCGACAACCCGACUACCAAGAGAAUAACAACGUGGAUGGCAGCUCAGAGAAACAUGGUAGUUGGCUGAGUUCGCCGAAAGUGAGUUGGAAUGACAACGAGAAGCCCAUAGAAGAGCCCACGCCUCGUUUGUAUCCCAACUUAGAUAAAGAAAUGUCCUCUCCAAUGGCAGAGCGUCGUGCCAGUUGGCUGACGACGAAGCCGCUCCGCAAGCCGCUGGUGUCGAACCCCGAGUCGGCGGAGAGCUCGGUGCGCGAGCUGGGCGUGCGCGGCGACAGGCAGCUCGACAAGGAGAACAUCGACACCUUGUCAGUGUCCGAGGAAGAAAACGUGUCAACCCGGGAAUCGACGCCGCACCCCGCCGGCGUGAAACUCACCCGCCCCGGGUACUACACUAUACCGAGUUUGGACGAAAUAACAGGGUACCUCCGUCCCGACGGCACGUGUGUGGUGCCCCACCUGACCAUCGGACGGAAGAACUACGGGAACGUUUACUACGACUGUGAGAUAGAUGUCGCUGGACUAGAUCUCGACUCUUUAGUGCAUUUCCUAAACAAAGAGGUGAUAGUGUACCCGGAGGACGCUGAUAAGCCGCCGGUGGGUGAAGGCCUGAAUCGGCGGGCCAUCGUGACCCUGGACCGCGUCUGGCCCCGGGACAAGACCGAGCGGCGGGCCAUCACCGACCCGGAUAGGUUAAUAAAAAUGGACUACGAAGGGAAGCUGCGUCGAGUCUGCGACAAGCACGACACCAAAUUUAUUGAGUACAGACCGCAGACUGGAAGUUGGGUGUUUCGGGUGGAGCAUUUUAGCAAAUACGGCCUGACCGAUUCCGACGAGGAAGAUGACAUCACACCCGAAGUCCUGAAGCGGCAGCUGGUCAACCAGCAGAGCCUACAGACGGCGGCCCCUGUCUCUAAGCCGGCGGCGGUCGCGGCGGUCGCGGCGGUCGCGGCGGGGCUGGGCGGGGCGGGCGUGGUGGCGGCCGAGCUGCCGGCGCUGCACCGCUCCUCGCUGCACGUGCUCGGCGCCGGCACAGCUUUUGAAAUGGACACGACAGAAGACAACACAGAAGCGCCGAGCCUAUACCAAGAAAACAGAGCGGCGUACGGCGUGAAGAGUCCGACUAGCGAGCUGGCGCGGCUGGAGCACCGCCAGAGUCAUAAUGUUCAACUGAUGAAGGCAUCCCUCUACGCAGAUAUAGAAAUGGACGACGACGUGUCGGUGUCGACCGGGGACCAGCAAGUACCGCUGGCGGUACCCACAGAGGACCUGCCGGUUACUACGGGGCCGGCACCGGAGCCCUACCUCGACAUCACGCCGCCUGCUUACACCGAAGGUCAGCAAUCAGAGGUGCCUAUGAAGCCUCUCAUAGUCCGUCCCUACACCAUAGUGCUGAAGUAUCACAGGAAGGUGCCGCCUUUUAAGGAGACCAUAGCCGGCAAGUUGGACGCGGCGUGCAUCGCCGACAUGUCGAUCUGCCGCAGCCGCCACAGCCGCGUCAGUUUCGGUCCAGCCGGCACCAUCGCCUACCUCGCCACCUACGAAGGCCUCCAGGAUUUGCCUCGCACGGCUGCCAUGUCGGAACUGUGGCGGUAUGUGCGCGGGCGUGCGGCGGCUGAUUGGAGCGAACCCGUGCUGGCGCGGCUCGCGGUCGGCGCGGCCGACGGCGGCUACGUGCAGGAGGCGUUGACCCGCCACCUGGCGACGCUGCUGGAAUUUUCUGAGCCGGUUGACAGCCCGGAGAGUGCCAGGUCCGGACCGGAGCGCUGUCCUCAGCUGCGGGUGCGAUCUGAACCUCGUGCCCGCCGCCAGCUGCUGCAGCACCAGCUGAGGGACGCCGCCGCCUUCAAGGACUACACAGUGGAGUUCGGCGUGUCCGGCGCGUAUUGCUACGAGGUGUGGAAGCUGUGCGAGGCGCUCUGGGGCGACGAUCUCGACAAUGACGGCAUACCCGGAAAUGACGUCCAGUCUAUAGUGAAGCGUCACAAGAAACUGCUGGAAUGGUUGACGGAAGCGGUCUCCGGCGUGACCGAGCGGGAACUCGCCCAGCCGACGCAAGGAGACACCGACGAUGAGAGCGAGUGUCACAGCCAGCGCGUGUGGACGCUGGUGGUGGGCGGGCGGCUGCGGCGCGCCUGCAGCCUCAGCGUGCAGCGGGGCGACCUCCACGCCGCCGCCCUGCUCGCCCAGGCCUCCGGUGAUCCCAGCUUCCGUUCGCUGCUGGGCCGCCAGCUGUCGCUGUGGCGCGAAUGCGGCGCGGACAGUACCAUCUCGCCGUCCAGGCUGGCCACUUUGCGUCUGGUCGCCGGAUUGGCCACCGCGGAGGACCUUCGCGAGCUCGACUGGCUACGGGCGCUGCAUGCCACCGCCAGAUAUCUCUGUCCGCAAGUCCCGUCACUGGACAAAGUCAUCGCUACAUACGAGAGUUUCUUCAGAAAGGGCGAGGAUGAUGGGGAGCCCGUGGAUUUGGCGACUAUGGAAGAGGACGUGAUGGGCAUGAAGUUCCCUCUACCGCCGUACUAUGCGGAAUAUGAGUUUACGAAUAAUAACGGUACAGGCCGCCGGCCGCUGGACCUGCGCUACGAGCUGCUGCGGGCCCGCGGGCAACAAGCGCGGCCCGUACUGCGACCCGCCGCCGCCUCGCCGCACCCGCUCGACUACGCCCUCUGCUUCCUCCUCGGGACCUGGUUUGGGAACCCUACAGUGGAGAGCAUCACGGGUGUAGCGGACCAGCUGGAAGCGUGCGGCCUCUGGCACCUCGCUGUACAGGCGCUGGCUUACCACCCUAAUGACAUAGCACGUGGGCACCUGAUCCGCGGUGUGGUGGGCCGGCACGCGCCCGCCGUAGCUUCCGGCGCGGAGGUGCAGGCGCGGCUGCAGCUGCUGCGGCGGCUGCGGGUGCCGCGCCGCUGGCUGCACGCUGCGCAGGCGCACCGCGCGCGGUACCAGCACCUGCCGGCCGUCGAAGUGGAACACCUGAUCGGCGCCGAGCAGUGGAACGCCGCUCACAGGGUGCUUCUAGACGAGCUGCUGCCGGAGGCGGUGCUCUCUGACGACGUGGAGAGCAUAGCGCCGCUGCUGGAGAAGUUGAACGAGGCGGGCGAGCGGCACGAGGUGAGCGGCUGGCACAGCGGCGGCCUCGCGCUCUACCAUUACUGGCACGUCUGUACCCAGAUCCGUGGGCUGGUAGGCGCUGACGGCGGCGAGGGUGACGGCGGCGACGGCAGUGAGGUGGGGGGCAAGCUGGAAGCCCUACGACCACGUGUGGCGGCCGCCUGUAAAGCCCUCACCGCUCUACAACCCACGAGCGGUCGGCACGCGCUGGCCCGCGCGGAGAUGGGCGCGCGGCUGGUGCAGCUGGCGCGCGCCGCCCGCGAGCCGCCGCGCCGCCUCGCCGCCGCGCUGCGCCGCCUGCGCCUGCCGCCCGACUGCGCCGCGCCCGCCCUGCGACAGAUAACAUUAGACCUGGCCGAGCAAGCCUCGGAACUGUGCAUCGAUUCGGCGUCCAGUUCCCCUCUCUCCUCGCACAGAGCCACAGUACAAAGUUAG